GCCAAAUACCAUAGAAGAGUAGACCCGGAAAAACUUUCCUUUAGUUUUUUCUUGACACGUAUCUAGCAACGAAGUUGGCGGAGUCCAGUGUUGAAUAGUUCAUCGUUGCAGGUAACAACGACGGUCAAAAAUGUCAGGGUUUGACAACUUCAACACAGAUUUCUACCAGUCCAGCUACAGUGUAGAUGACCAAGGCCAACCUGCUGGAUAUGGCUACAGUAACACAGAAGACCCCUACAAACAGGGUCAGUAUGACUACUCCCAACCGAUGGGGUACUCAGCCCCAGGGAUGAUGCAACCCCAGCAGCCCUACACAGGCCAGAUCUACCAGCCCACACCAGCCUUCACACCUUCCCCCACACAGUCUAUGUACGGCAGCAGCUUUGAUGAUGAGCCCCCGCUGCUGGAGGAAUUGGGCAUUAACUUUGACCACAUCUGGCAGAAGACCCUAACAGUGCUCCACCCCAUGAAGGCAGCAGAUGGUAACAUUAUGAACGAGACUGACCUGGCUGGGCCCAUGGUGUUCUGUCUGGCCUUCGGAGCCACCUUACUUCUGACAGGAAAGAUCCAGUUUGGCUAUGUGUAUGGCAUCAGCGUCAUCGGCUGCCUGGGGAUGUACUGUCUCCUCAACCUAAUGAGCAUGACAGGUGUGUCGUUUGGCUGUGUCGCCAGUGUCCUGGGCUACUGCCUGCUACCCAUGAUCCUCCUUGCCAGCUUCGGAAUAAUUUUCUCUUUACAAGGCAUGUUUGGAAUAAUCAUCGCAGCCACCAUAAUUGGCUGGUGCAGUUUCUCCGCUUCCAAGAUCUUCAUCUCGGCCCUGGCCAUGGACGGACAGCAACUUCUGGUGGCGUACCCCUGCGCCCUCCUCUAUGGGGUGUUCGCCCUCAUCUCUGUUUUCUGAACUGUCUCCGUCUGUCUGUCAUCUACACCAUGCAGGAAAAUGGCCCAGCAAACCCAACUAACUUGAGGACCAGUAAGACGCGCCACUGUGCUGCACCCCCAUCACAGUGCAGUGGUGUGGCCAGAAACCCUGUCAGUUGCAUUCCACUUCUACACCCGCCGACAGGGGUCAGUUGUAGUAUCAAUUCCAAACCCUUUUGAUUCAGGACUAAGGACCCAUCCACGGACCUCUGCAAUCUUAUAUUUAAUGUAAAACUUGUUCUUUAUUCUGUUUGUGUUUUUGGUUCUAAGAUUUAUUUGAGCUUUUGAGGCUUAGAAAAUGUUUUGCACAGGUAUUUUAAAUUUUAUUCAACUGAAGCAGGUGACUUGAAAUUGAGUUGUUAGAAUAAGACCUUGUUGCAUAGUUAAUCUCUCUCUUAUAUCAACAGCCCUCUCAUUCAUACAUACACAUCUGGGUACUCAGAGGUCUCCUUACAACUCUGAAAAGACAUGUUUUAUAAACCUGCAAUCAUUUUCACUCCAUUUUCUGUCCCGUUAGCUCUUUCUUAGAACAAUUUAAAUUGCUGAAACGUGGCACUGACUGACCAAAGCUCUGCCUUGUGGCAUUCUUCAUUGUAUCCCCCCCCCCAUGUGGUCUGGGCUGUGUUGGUUAUGCAGCUUGUGUGAUUCUAAACUUUGGUCAGUCAAAGGGCCUGCGUGAUGGCACAGCUGUGUACACACUGCACACAAACAUGCACACACUCAAGUUAUGUCCAAAAUGAAUAAAAAAAGGUGAAUAGAUAUUUGUGAGGUUUACAUUUUAUUGUAAGAUUGUUUGUUGUUCAAGAUCACAUUAACCGCACUGCAGGGCUCUGGCCUACUGUGCUGUUCAGACUUUGUGUAUCCACAUUUUUUUCAUGAACAGAAUAGGCGUCACAAGGCUGUUAACGGUAUUGCACUACAGGCCGGUCAAACCACACAAGAAGUAUCUCGCAGAUCCUUGGCGAUUUUCUGUGUCUUAACCAUUAUUCCCAUGACGUUUGUAUUUGAUUGGUUUUCUAUUUUUCACCUGAAGGCUAUGAUGCAUUGUUGAGCUUGUUUUUUGGCUGCAGGUUGAUUAUGGCACACUAGAUUGCAUUGAUUAACUGUUGUCAUAGUUUGUCUUUUACUGUUCACUUUGACUGACUACAAUGUGGGUGUGAAUUUUGGUUUCACUGUUAAUGAGCACGGUUUUAUGGUCAUCAGUGUUUUUUUCUCAGUUUUCCUAUAACUUUGUUUCUUGUGCUAAACCUGAGCUCCUGGAGGGAUGCCAUUUUAUGUAGCCUUCCUAAGAAUAAUGAAUAAUGCAAGAAAAUUAAAUGCAGUGCUUUAUUUCAACAAACUGUACACAAGGGUAUACUUAGCAUUUCAACCAAGAGCCAUUUAUAGUGCUGCUCUUUUAUGGCCAAGUAUUUAUAUACUGUAUCAUUUGUUUUUGUACAGCUAAAAAGUCCCACGGUUCUUUUGUCAUGUUGAAGUUCUUGAUAAAUUGGCAAAGCGUCGUGCUUGUGUGGUUUUUAUCGGCCGCUAUCUAAAUAAAAUAUAGGUCGAUACA